AUGGGGAAAGUGAACAUCUGGUUGAAAAGGAGUUUCAUCACUGUGGCAAGUCUGAUGACGAUCAUAGGCGCACUAAUGUUGGCUGGAACGCUCUUCAGCCAUGGGCACUACCACCGGGAUGAUGAGAUCGAGGACAUGAUCGUGGGUAUAAACGCAAUGUAUGCUUUGUCCAUCACCAUCCUGGUCCUACCCAUCAUCGGCUUGUUUGGCGCAUGCAAAGAGAAAAGAUGGGUGCUCAUUGUGUUCACAGUGGGAAUGAUCCUGUGCAGCCUGUUUGUGCUUUACAUGGCCAUCCAUAUGCUUAUCAUACGACCUAUGCUCAUUAAGAUACUGUCCAAAUUCUAUCUCAGCAUGCAACCCAUUAGCAACGCCAGUGAGGUCGAUCUGAAGGUCCUGCAGGAAACCCAAAUCGAAUUGGAGUGUUGCGGCGUGCAAGAGGGCUAUACGGAGUGGGGCUACAACAUCUCAGAGUCCUGCCUGUGCAAUAACUCCUUAGCCAACUGCAUUGCCGCCCCCAGGAACAGCAGCCUGUUCCAGCUCACAGACAACACGCCAGUCAUGAUUUUUAAAGAGCCAUGUUUUCCCAUCAUCCUCUCGCAUUUUAACCUUGGUGUCAACUUAUUGGUGGGAAUCUCAAUGGGCUUGACUUCAUUGUGGACAUUGUCCUGCGCGCUGAGCAUCGCCAUUCUUUGUCAGCUGAAAGAGAAAAAGGACACAGUGGUGGUGGCGUACAGUCGGGAAGCCAAAACGGGCAACUACGCCGUCCUCGCCGAGCCCGCCGAGCUCACCUGA